GAGUCUUGUGUCCCAGGAAAGGAAAGACAGCAGACGGCCAAAUAGAAGAGGGGAAUAAACAAACCUAGAUAAACACAAGUUCGAAAGGGAAAUGUUGAUGGAACGGUUCUCGAUCGGUGAAUUUGGGUUGCUGUGAUUUUAUUUCGCGUGAAACAGUUGAAAAUUACAAAGAUUCAACCAAACUUGAUUGCUUGUUUUUAAAGUGUGCGUUUUUUUGUAUUCGUUGUUUGCGAGUUCAGAAAGUGUGUCUUGUGUCCAUGGUGCCGGUUGAUAAUAUUCUGCAAAAUCACAUCUACCUCAUCCACGUCAAGAAAUACUUAAAAGCAACGCAUUACGAUGAAAGAUUUGAAAACGGAGAUCCUAGUGAGCGGCGGUCUGCCGAAACUGGAGACCAGCAGGUGUGCCGGCAGUGGCGAGGCGCUGCUAAAGCCAUCCUUGCUGCCCAUGGCAUUGGAAUCGUCUGAGCUCGCUCCGGAUCGGAAGCCCCGCGACAACUGGGGCAGUUCGCUGGAGUUCCUGAUGUCCUGCAUCGCCCUGAGCGUGGGAUUAGGCAACGUGUGGCGGUUUCCAUUCACGGCCCUGGAAAACGGCGGAGGGGCAUUCCUAAUUCCGUACCUCGUCGUCCUGUUUGUGGUGGGAAAGCCGAUUUACUACAUGGAGAUGCUGCUGGGACAGUUCUCCAGUCGCGGCAUCGUGCAGGUCUUUGACUUUGCGCCCCUCAUGAGAGGUGUGGGCUAUGCUCAGCUGUUGGCCCUAGGUGUUUUGGCCACGUAUUAUGCCUCGGUGAUGGCCUUAACUCUGCGAUACUUUUUCGAUUCCUUCGCAUCGGAGUUGCCCUGGAGCUUCUGUCGCGAGGAGUGGGGUGACGGGUGCGUCAGUGCAUCUGGGGAGCAGCCCCUUCAGGGCCAACUGUCGCGUAACUUCAGCUCCUCCACGCAACUCUACUUGCAACGCAUCGUGCUGAACGAAACGGAUUCCCUGGAGGAGGGCAUCGGAUAUCCCAGUGGUAGUUUGGCCUUAAUGCUGGGCAUUUCCUGGCUAACCGUAACACUAAUUAUCAUUCGGGGAGUGAAGAGUUCAGGAAAGGCAGCCUACGUCCUGGCCCUCUUUCCGUACAUUGUAAUGUUUAUCCUCCUCGUGAGAGCACUCACUUUACCAGGAGCCUACGACGGAGUAAUGUACUUUCUGACUCCCCAGUGGGAGAAACUUUUGGAGCCGCAGGUGUGGUACAACGCCGUUACCCAGGUGUUCUUCUCCCUGGCCGUCUGCUUCGGUGUGAUCAUCAUGUACUCCUCGUACAACCGUUUUGGUCACAAUGUUUACCGGGAUGCCAAUAUAGUAACCACCCUGGACACAUUCACCUCACUGCUCUCGGGUGUGAUUAUCUUUGGAAUCCUGGGAAACCUGGCGCACGAAUCGGGCACCAAGGACAUUGCCAGUGUGGUUAAGGCAGGUCCUGGAUUGGCCUUCAUCUCCUAUCCGGAUGCCAUUGCCAAGUUCAAAAUGUUUCCUCAAGUGUUUUCGCUGCUCUUCUUCGCCAUGCUCUUCAUGCUGGGCGUUGGUAGCAAUGUGGGCAUGGUCAGCUGCAUUAUGACCGUGCUCAAAGAUCAGUUCGCGCACGUCAAGCUGUGGAUUAUAGUGGUCAGCCUUUCGGUGAUAGGAUUUCUGGUGGGACUGAUUUACAUCACUCCCGGGGGUCAACAUAUCAUCACGCUUAUGGACUUUCACGGCGUCACCUUUGUCUCCCUGGUCUCGGCCAUCUUCGAGCUCAUCGCCGUGGGCUGGAUCUACGGCACUAAACGUCUUUGCCAAGAUGCUGAAUAUACAGAGGUGGUCAAAAGUAUUUACACAACGAGCUUUUUUUUCAAUUGUCAACUAAUUGAAAAAAAAGCUCGUUGUGUAAAUACUUUUGACCACCUCUGUAUGCUAAACAUCAAGACUUCAAAUUACUAUCGGAUCUGCUGGUCCAUUGUUACUCCUUUGGUUAUGUUAGUCAUCCUGGUGUACAGCUUGCUCACCAUGCGUCCACUCAGCUAUAAUGGUCAGGAGUUUCCAUUGGUAUAUAGAGUUGUUGGUUGGUGUGUUUCGGGCUGUAUUAUUGGCCAGCUGUUCUACUGGGCAUUUUAUGCGAACUUCAAGCAGCCAAAAGGAUCUUUGAAGAGCCGCAUUAACAAUUCCAUUAAGCCGCAUUCCGAUUGGGGGCCUUCGGAUCCUAAAAAGCUAAUGGAUUACCAAAUGUUUUUGCGAAACAAGGAUGAGGAAAAUGCCAAAAAUGUUAAUCGCCGUUGUGUUUGCUACACAGCUGGAGAUCGCAUUUUCGGUUAAACCAAAAUGGUAUAAACUUACUUUUAUUUUAUUUUUAUGUCGCCUUAAAAGCUUUGCUUGUUUCUUAUUUAAUACUGCUCAGAAAAUUGCUUGGCACAUGUUUAGUUGUACUUAAUAUAUUUUAUAUACACUUUCCUAUUUUCAUUUAUACG